AUGUUUUCGCCGGUUGCGCGGAUCGUUUUCGUGGUUGGACUCAGAACACUCGCGUCGAUCGUACUGGCACAGCAACCUGCCGAGGUCGUUCUCACCACGGCAUGCUCUGCGAGCGGAUUGGUAGGCUACGAUUACAAGGCCGUAUCGGCUGACUUCAAUGUGGGGUGGCUCGCCAUCGGCUUUUCGUCGGAUGGGAACAUGAUAGGCUCCGACGCCGUCGUCGGUUCCGUUGAAGGAGUACUCGAGUACUACCUCGGUUCAAAGGGGCUUCCCGUUCAGCCACCGCUCUCACCCCUCGAAGCAUCCAUCCGGCCGUUCUCUGUGGACGAGCAAGAAAUCACGGGUGCGGUGCUCAAGAAGGACGAGAACGUCACCUCGCUGUCCUUCACGCGACCGUCAACCCCUGAGGUCGCUGGAAAGCAGGCCCUCCUUGCCGGGGCGGACACUUCGGCCAUCUUGCUCUGGGCAGCCGGAUCGGACGACUCUUUUGGCUACCACUUCCUCGGGCGCGGAGCUUUCAACAGUGACCUGGCUUGUACGGAGGACCAACCCGUGGUAGAAGGAGACGUGGUGGAAGAAGACGCGGUGGAAGGGGACGAGCAGUCUGGCACUGAGGUCGGCCGCGCUGUGCCUCUUCUCACCGAGGGGCCGAGCACAUCUCCGUUCACGAUGUUCUCCGUUAGCCCUAGUUUCGCCCCCGCGCCCCCUUUCACGGCCCAGCCGGCAGACGGUAGCACUACGAGCGGGGCGUUGCCACGGGUACCAACAGCGGUUGUUGGCUUUGUCUGCAGAUUUGCUGGGGUGGCCGCCCUGGGAUUUGCUGCUGUCGAAGUGUUCUUCGCCUUUGCCGUUCUUUGA